AUGUCCGCUUCCGAUGUUCUUACCGGCUGCUCUGGGAUGUCAUACUCACAACGGACUUCUCUUUUAAUAAAAUUUAUUCAAUUUUUCCUUUUCAAUUCAGAACAAUUUCCGGAUUAUAAGUUACUUUCAACCAAGGAUAUAGGCAGUAAGGCUAUUGCCUCGUCGGACGUAUCAGUUAAAAAAUUGCAGUCUAGUAUCGAUUCACUACGUCAAUUGGAAACUGAACUCAAAAGCCUUUCGUCUAGCCCAGUCAACCAAUUUCUUUUAAUUUUGGGUCAGAAUAUUCAGAAACCUUCAAGGAUGAUUCUACUGAACUUCAGCAACUUUUGUGUCAAUCAUGUCUCAUCCGAUGAAGAUGAAUUAACGGAGGAAGAUUGUACAGAUUUUUUCAGAAAUAUUGUGCAGAAUCCCCACUUUAGUAAAAUAUUCGCUUCUGCUCCUCCCUCGCGUUUGCACGUAUUUUUUAGAACAGAUGUAGCUAUUAAUUUUGGAAACUUCAUCCCAAAACCUGAUUUCAACCCCCUAAAUCGUAAUUGUCCUAUUCAUUUGCUGAAUGUCAUUUCUAAAGAAGAAACAAUGGAAAUUUCUUUUGAAGAACCCUGUGCCGAUGGGAGUAAUGGUCUUUCUGAUAAGUUAGAGAAAUUAUUGUCUUCAGAUAAUGGGUUGAUUUGGUAUUCCUGUUCCAAAGUGGUAACUGGAUGCUAG